AUGCUCCCCACAACUGUCACCCUAUACUUCCUCCUAAUCACACACAUUCUCGGAGAUGCACAUCAAACGAACGCGGAACCGAUCAUCACCAAUCUGUCCGAUCCGGUUGAGCGAUUGCGAGAGGAGACGAAUGCUGCAUUGACGGAUAUUGUGAAUGGUCGAGGUGAAUUGGACGGAUUGUCCACGUCGACAUUGGCUGACACAGACAGUGAUGGACGGGCUGAGUUGGACUUGGUGGAUUCGAACGAACAUGAGGCGAUCACGUCUGCCGGUCGUGUGACUGAGAGCGGAGAAGAGGUGUCGGUGCUCCGUCCGGCUCGUGGUCGUGUUUGUGUGCGUGUGUGCCAGGGUGGCCCAUGUUUCAUGCGAUGUCGAUGCUUUUAA